AUAGUAUUCUUUAACUUCUCAUCAAGUUCAAAUCUAAUCUUUUUAAUUUCUUUCCUUAUUGAGUUGAUUUAAAGAUGGGUGUUCCAGCUGGAGAUGUUGAAAAGGGAAAGAAACUUUUCGUUCAAAGGUGUGCUCAAUGCCACACAGUUGAAGCUGGUGGCAAGCACAAAGUUGGGCCAAAUUUGAGUGGAAUUAUGGGACGCAAAACUGGUCAAGCUGCAGGAUACUCAUACUCUGAAGCUAACAUCAAGAAAGGAAUCACUUGGAACGAAGAUACUUUGUUUGAAUACCUCGAGAAUCCUAAGAAAUACAUCCCGGGCACAAAAAUGGUCUUUGCUGGUUUGAAGAAACCAGCAGAACGUGCUGACUUAAUUGCAUACAUUAAGGCUGCUACUAAAUAA